GAGAAGUCAAGACAUGUUCCACGAGAGCAGGCGGUCAAGGCAAGAGUAAUCUCGACGCAACAUGCCCAACAUGUACACGCAAAUUCUCGCGGUGGGCUUGCUGGCUUUUCUAGUACUGCGAGCCAAUGGAGCUCCGUUGACAGAAGCGACCACCGUCUUGCCAUUAAGCGACACCUCAAGUGAGGAGGAAACGGCGCCCUCUGACCUGCUGACCUCUGCUCAUGUUUGGGACUCGGUUCUGGGUACCGCUAAAGAACACCAGAAAGCUUUUGAUGAUGAAUUCCAAAACAAUGUCAAGUUUCAUUUACUGGAGCACUACAAAGCACCUCAGUUUCCAGCAAACUGCCCCAGCUCCAACUUUAGCAAGGAGGCUUGCCUGCACAGACUGGCCCAAGGUCUGUCCACUUACAUGAUUCUUCUCAAGCACGUGGAGAAGGAAUAUCCCGGCAGUAGAAUUCUGUCUGAGGCCAAACACUACUCUGAACUCCUGCUCUACAAUAUCAAACAAAAGAUGAAAAAACCAGAAGAGGUCACAGGCCUGAGUAGCAAUGAGGAAGAGAGCCUAUUGAGGUCACUGUACCACCCCGAUGCUUUCCACAGAAAGAUGACGGCGCACAACAUCCUGCGGAAGCUCUACAUCUUCAUUGUUGACGGCAAGAGGGCGCUGAGCCGCAAAGAACGGCGAAGGGGAAAACUUGCCAAGGUCGCCAUGUUUAGUUUAUUGCGCUAGUCACGUCCGCCACUGAAGCCCGUCGGAAAAGUUGGGCAAAACAUGAAGUGAAUUAAGGAAGUUCUUGUAUCUGCACUGACGUGUCGUAACCCACUGACGGAUUGAUGAUGUAUUUGUUUUUGCAUGACGCACUGAGGUUUUUUUUUUUAUUCUGUAGAUAACAUAUUUAUUGCUCACUCAAAAAAGGCAUUGUGAGUCUAAGACCUUAUUUAUUGCAAACAGUAAUAUGAAUUAUUUAAAGAGGAUAUUUAUUACAUGUUGUUUUUAUACUUGAAGGCAUGGUAAUUAUAUUUAUUAUUUAUUUUAAACUGAAUGUAUUUUUAAAACAUGAAUAAAACUAUAUUUGCUUA